GACCGUCAUGGCGCCUUCCCGAUAUUGUGAUACGGGUGCGAUGCGUUGAGAGGUUCCGGCGACUUGCACGGGCUCGCGAUCAAGUACCAAAAUUGAAAAGUACGAAUAAAAUCACCGCCGAUCGACAGCGUGCGCCGCAAGAUUACGUAACCAACGAUUUAGCAGCUGCAAGAUGCCUGUGGUACCUGGAGGAGCCUAUCAGCAAGGACCGACCUGCUUCGACAGAAUGAAACUGGGCUUCACGAUCGGAUUUUGCGUGGGAAUGGCCUCUGGCGCGCUCUUUGGAGGAUUUUCCGCCCUCAGGUACGGAUUGAGGGGGAGGGAAUUGUUAAACAGCGUCGGCAAGGUGAUGCUUCAAGGCGGCGGCACGUUCGGCACGUUCAUGGCCAUCGGAACGGGGAUACGAUGUUAGGGUGUACGCGGAGCUACGUUGCGGAGUAUUUUGCAGCCUAUCUUUCUCGUUGCGACUGCUUGUAAUUGUAAGCGCGAGUCAUCAAGACUUUAAUAAAAAAACUAGCAUUAAGGAGCAA